AUGGGCAGAUUAGCCGGGGUGUGGCUGUUAAGCCUCCUCCUCGCCGUCGCGGCGGCGGCGGGGGAGCCCGAGACGGAGGUCCAGGCCUCCUACAUUGUGCACGUCGCGCCCGGGCACGCGCCGCGGUCCUCACGUCCACGCUUGCUCUCCCGUGCCUACACCUCCUUCCUGCGCGACCACCUGCCCACGCACCUGCAGCAGCCGGAGCCCAGGCUGCACUACUCCUACGCGCACGCCGCCACGGGCUUCGCGCCCGGGCUGACGCGUCGCCAGGCCGACCACCUCGCGACCCUGUCUUCCGUGCUCGCCGUCGUCCCAGACGUGUUCGGCGUCUACCCCAAGGACAGCGCGUCUUUCGCCGCCCACCCGUUAAUGACGCCCCCGCCCGCCAAGUUCCGCGGCGGCUGCGUCUCGGCGCCGGCCUUCAACGCCACAGCGUACUGCAACAACAAGCUUGUUGGCGCCAAGUUCUUUUACAAGGGCUACGAGGCAAAGUAUGGCCCGAUCGAUGAGGCUCUCAAGUCGCCGCUCGACACCGAAGGCCACGGCACGCACACCGCCUCCACUGCCGCCGGUUCCGCCGUCGGGGACGCCUCCUUCUUCAGCUACGCCAAAGGCAAGGCCGUCGGCAUGGCCCCGGGUGCGCGCAUUGCCGCAUACAAGGUACUCUGGAACAAUGGAUGCAUGGGCGCUGACGUCCUCGCGGCGUUUGACGAGGCCAUCAAGGACGGGGUCGACGUCAUCUCCUUCUCGAUCGGCGCCAAUGGAAACCCGCCAAAGUUUUACCGAGACCACAACGCCGUGGGCGCGUUCAGGGCUGUUAGCCAGGGCAUCGUCGUUUCUGCGUCCGCGGGCAACGAGGGCCCCGGUGAGUCUACCGUCAAGAACAGCGCGCCAUGGUUUAUCACGGUGGGGGCGUCAGCCAUCAACCGCCAGUUCCCAGCGAACGUCGUUCUCGGCAGCGGCGAGAUCUUCACCGGCACUUCCCUCUAUGCCGGUACGCCGCUUGGUUCAAGCAAGAUACCGUUAGUCUACGGAGGAGACGUGGGAUCAGAGACGUGUGAAGCUGGCAAGUUGAACGCCGGCAGUAUCGCCGGUAAGAUUGUUGUUUGCGACCCUGGCGAUGGAGCAGCGCAAGGAGAAGCUGUGAAGCUAGCAGGGGGAGCCGGAGCAAUCAUCGGUACCGAAGAAGGGUACGGCGAGCAGGCCUUCACCAUACCACACGUCCUUCCCGCGACGGCCGUGACGUUCGCCGCCGCCAAGGAGAUUAAGAAGUACAUAGGAGCGAAUGCAUCCCCCGUCGCGACGAUCGUGUUCCUCGGCACUGUCACCAGCAGGACGCCGUCAUCGCCAAGAAUGGCAUCCUUUUCCAGCCGUGGUCCGAACCUCCGGGCGCCAGAGAUCCUCAAGCCAGACAUCACCGCCCCAGGAGUGGACAUCCUGGCUGCCUGGACCGGCGAGAACUCACCCUCGGAGCUCGCGCGGCCCCAGUGGAGCUCGGCCGCGAUCAGGUCCGCCCUGAUGACCACUGCGUACAACGUUGAUAACGCCGGCUACGUGAUCAAGGACAUGUCCACCUCCCAGGCAUCCACGCCGUUCGUCAGUGGAUCCGGCCAUGUGGAUCCUAACCGCGCCCUCGAGCCGGGACUGGUGUACGAUGCUGGCGCCGACGACUACGUCUCCUUCCUGUGCGCGCUCGGUUACACCGCUGAGGAGAUCGCCAUCUUCACGAAGGAGAGGACUGACUGUUCCAAGCGCAAGGCCUCCGUUGGCGAUCUCAACCACCCGUCCUUCUCGGUGGUACUCGGCUCCGACAAGAAAGAGGUCCAGCAGCACCGUGUCGUGCGCGAUGUUAGGAGCGAAAUCCUAGUCGGGUACACGGUCAGCGUCACUAGCCCCGCCGGCGUGCGCGUCACGGUGAGUCCACAGACUCUGCUGUUCAGCGCGUUGCAGCGGACGCUGAAGUACGAAGUCACUUUCACGCCGCUAAAAGGGGAGAACGUGACCGAGAAGCACACAUUCGGAUCCAUCGUGUGGAGCGACGGCAAGCACAAGGUGACAAGCCCCAUUGCCAUCACCUGGCCAGUGAACCAGCAGAGCCAGGUGGCAGCAAUGUGA